AUGUCCGAACCAGAAGAUCCGUUAGCUCAUACCACGGCGAGAUUGUCGAUCUCACAGGUUAACAAUGAUGGAGUCGAUGCUAAUGAGACCAGAAACCAGUUGCUCCAGAUGUUGAACUCUUCAAAUAAUGAAAGAAGGGAGUCGGUGGUAUCUUUUGAGGAUAUAGACGAAGACAGCUCUAGUCCCAGUCCGGGACUUGCUAGUACGAUUGCUAACAAUUCCAAGUUGACACCUAUUCCUAAACCCUCGAAGAGAAGAAGAUCUUCUGUCCAGUCCAUCACACCUGCAAAUUCGAAUAAGAAGGUCCAUAAGAAAAAAUUGAAGAAGAUUAACGAGCCACCAGCAUUUCAGUUGGCUGUACGUUCUAAGAAGAAUCCUCCGCUGAAGCUGUUGUCGAUACCACAAUUGAGAGACUUGGUGUUGUACACUCUCACGCCUCAUAGCAAUGCUAAGCCUAACUGGAUUGAUAUUGUAAAGAAAGAACAAAUCAAAAAGUUUGUUGUUAUUUUUGUUCCAGGAUUAGAAAUGGAAGAUUUUGAUUUGGAUCAGAAGGAAGUUGCUAAUGACGAGGUCAAAGCAGUCAACUUGGGUAAGAAGUCUACUGAAGAAGGAGUAAUAGUAAACGACGAACAGAAUGAGGAGGAUGAAGUAGGAGAUUUACAUUUCUUCUAUGACAACUUCACUACGUUAUUGAAGACCACUUGUCCUGGUUCCAAAGAUUCUAUCUAUCUGCCGUUUCAUGCCUUUACUCACGUUCCAUUCACCAGUAAAGAAAAGAGGAAGCUAAUUGAAGAUCUGAAGAGCCGGAAGUUGACAUUGAUAGAUUUGUUGUUAGAUAAUGCAAAAAUGGCAAAGUUUGGAUACCCAGUACAUUCAGAGAGUGAAGGAGCUGAUAGCGAGGGGUAUUAUUCAACAAGAAAAUUUGAUCAUGAAGGAUCGCAUACAUUUGCCAUGGACUGUGAAUUUUGCAAAGCAGGAACUGGUAAAGUUCUUACCAGAAUUUCGAUCGUAAACUUUCAAGGCGAAGUUGUACUUGACAAGUAUGUUCAACCAGAAGAGGAAAUCACUGACUACGUCACAAAAUACUCUGGAAUCACUCCAGAGAAAUUGGAAGGAGUUACAACAACUUUGAAAGAUAUUCAGAACGAGUUGCUAGAAUUGGUUUCUCUGGACGACAUAUUAAUUGGACAUUCGUUAGAAAGUGACUUAAACGUCUUAAAGUUGAAACAUCCUAGAAUAAUUGAUACUGCAUUGGUCUACGAGCAUCCUAGAGGUCCGCCAUCCAAGCCGUCUCUCAAGUGGUUGGCAGAUAAGCAUUUAAGUAGAAGUAUCCAACAGGGCGAAUCAGACAAUUCUGGUCACUCUUCCGUGGAAGAUGCACAGGCAUGCUUAGAUCUUAUUAAAAUGAAAUUAAUUGAAGGCUCUUGUUUCGGAACCAAUAUGACAGAAAUGUCUAUCUUUGAAAGAUUGAACAAAUCAAUCGGAAAGCCGGUCUCCUCAUUGCUCAUAGAUUAUAAUUCAAGCAAUGGAGGAGGGGGAGCAAAUUGCGCAACACAGGACGAAGAGUUAUACCACCUAAUUAAAAAAAAGGCAUCCAACGAUGACGAGAUUAUUGAAAUUUUCGAAAAAGAAAUCAAUGGCGACUACAGCCUUGUGCUAGUUAAAUUAAGAGAAUUGGAAUUUAAUAGAGAAUGGAGCACUCCUCCUUCAAAUUUCAGUCCUAGGAAUGAUGAAACUACUGGGAAAGAAACUGCUCUUAAAAAGUUUAAUGAAAGAAUGACAAAGAUAUACAACGUAUUACCAAACGACACUGGCUUAAUCGUCACCUCGAGCCAAGGAAACCCCAGGGAUAUGAUUAAAUUGCAGGGUAUACGUCGUGAAUUCCAGAAUGCUGAAAGGGCAGGAGAAACACCUGAAGUCAGCUGGGAUUUCGAUAAGGCAUCGGCUCUUCUGGAGGCUACACUCAAAGCCCGUAAGGCCGUGACAUUUUUAGCAGUGUACGCUGAUAGUAAAAAAAAUGCAGACAGUAACGAAGACGACGACGAAGAAUGA